AUGCCAUGCGGCUUAUGCAUUAGGUACAAGUAUGAUAGAGAAUUAGCCCGCUCUCUCUCAACUUUCCGGGCCACCCGGAGCCACCAAGACAAAACACCAACUCUUUUCCUACCGGACAGCGACGGAAAAAAGGUCGCCUCCUGGAACACAUCUCUGUGUCGGUCUUUUGACAGCCCGCACUUUUUUUUCCAAUACGCUUUCUCUUCCCCGGGGCAGUAUCCACUCAAGGUGCAGGGGCUAUGGGUAUUCCCCUAUGGUCAAGUCCUCAGAAAGGAUUAGAUCCAAAUUCCGCGUCUAGCAGGACUAAUGCCCAGUACAACACCAACUUGGACUCCGCAACAGCGUCCCAGGAACCGUUGUUCUCGUCUUCUUCGAGUUCUGCUUCUUCGUCGGCUUCGUCGACGUCUCUCCUAAAUGUCACCACAACGCAACAAAUCAACAACAAUAGCAACAGCAGUAGCAACAACAGCAGCACCGGCAGCAACGGCAGCACAGACAACCGUUCAUGGUCGAGCACAGGUGAUGGUCCCGGAUUACUUACCCUAGGAGAGUUCCUGAGGGAGACCGCGGCCAGUGACGACAAUGAGAGACAGCUGAACGGUAUAUUGAGACUCAGGCCAAGGACAGUAGCUGCCGAGUAUAGUAACGGUAGUGACCGAAGUAGGGGUGGUGAUUUUCUUUUUGUUCCUGCUCCCUUGUCCCCGCCACCACCACCACCAACCAAUUGGAAUUAUUCGGGCCUUGGAAAUUUGUUUGAUCAUACACCAGCUGGGAGAGCUCGCAUUCUCGGCACUAUGGGGUCUACGAUAGGUGGUUCUCAGGGCACUAGUGGGAGUGCCAGUGCGAGUAGUGGUGCUGGUGGCGCUUCUACGGCCACUGCUGCCUCUGCUCCUCCGGCUAGCUCCUCCUCUUCUACUGCUAGUGCUUCGGCAGCUUCGAUGUCUGCUGCUACGAUUGCUAGGGAUCAGACUACAUUUGCCAACCUAGUGGAUCAGAUUAGGAGGAUCGGAGAAUUACAGGAUUUUGUGCUAUCAUCGGCGGGUGAUGCGAAUAACCCUGAGAAUCCGGAUAGGGUGGCUGCGGAGGGGGAGGCCCGUAUAGCUUCGGCUUUGGGAAAUAGUGAAUCUCGGUUGAGGGCUAUGCAAACUAGUAUUGACCUCUUAGCUUCCGAGUUCCAACUGUUGAGGAACACUCGCAGGGAGCUCAGACGUGUAGAAGAGGAGGCUCUUGAGACGCUGCAGAAUUCUUCGGGCACCGCUGGCUCUUCCAGAGGCACUAGGCCUGUGCCGGCUAUUCCAGCAGCCCAGCCAACAUCUUCCUCUCCGAGGAGCCAUUCCGGAAGGAGAGAGCCAAGAGCUCUCAUCAACCAACGUUUCCGGCGCUUCAGAGCAGAAGGAAGACUCCCGGACCUAUCUGACGAUGAGACGGACUCUUACGAGUACCCCCCCGUGUUCACUAACCUUACCUCCGUUGCAGGACACACCGGCCGUCACAGGAACGCUGUGCUCGCGAGGAACCCAGGAUUUCGCCUCGGCCAAGGGAAUCCUUUGCGGACACAAACACCAGAUGUAGAUAGUCAGCGUCAGGAAGCGGUAACAGGUGGAGCAGAGACCGAGGUUGCGGAACAAACGGAACGGGAGGAAGAAGGGGAGAACGAUUACACCAUCCCGAGUACUGAAGCAAGGGAUCGUAUGCUACUCGAUAUCGUUAUGAGGAUGCAAAUCGAGGGUUUACAGAAUGGGGGCCUAUCGGGAUUAUAGGGUGGGGAGGAGGGGCUUUCCGUUCUGUUCCACUCUCUUGUUCUGUCACCGCUGUUUUAGCAUUGGGUUGGGAAGAAAUCAUCCCUUUUCUUCUCUUUUCAUAUAUUUCAUUUUUUCUAGUCGUGGGUACUGUAUGGCUUUCAACUCGAAUUGUUUUUACCCCCCUUUCCUCUUUACCCUUCCUUCCUUCCUCCCUUGCUCGCCCUGGAUUUAGUCUUUACUUUUUUCAAAAACCGAAGUUGGGCCUAUAAUAUCUUUUAUUACCGCCUCUCCUUCCCUUUCUUUUUCCCUUAUCACACAAAAGUACAUUUAUUUGCUUGGCUUGUUGACUAGUAGUGGUCUGAGGGUGAAAGUAGUCCCAUGUACAUCGAUAGCUUGCUAUCUCAUCUUGCUGAUGGAUGGAGGGAGGGAACGAGCACGUGGACCCCGUAGCAUAACGUAGGUUAGCUUAGCUAGUUGGUUGGGAUUCCUACGGCGUUUGGUAUGAUAUAUGAUACUAACAAUUUUUUUCUUUUUUCUUUUCUCUCUUGGGUUUAGGACUGAGUUUAGGACUGUGGGUUUGGGAAUAUUAUUGGAAUUUUCUCUUUUUUUCCCUUUCCGUGAGGAGAGGGGGAAAGGGUUUGCUCGAGUGGGAGAUGCUAUUGGGUCUUUUUUCUGGGUUGUUGUGUCAGAUUGUGGCGGGGGUGGGCAUGAUAAGGUUGGCGGGGGGGGCGUCGGAGAAACGAUUCUCCGAAGUGAUUUAAGUUUGAGUAGCAGGCGGUAGCGAACUUCACAUGCG